AUGGCUAUAAAUCCUGAAUAUGAGAAAAGAUUUUUGGGUGAUGCUUUGCGUAACCACUUGCUUGUUAGGUAUUUUGGAAAAAGUUUUACUCAAAAGCCAGAAACGGUUGAGCUGGGCGUUAAUUUCCAGUUGGCGAAUGUGACUCAUGGACCAGGCGCCAAGCUUCUUAGUCGUGCUGGCAGAACUUUACACGAAGUGCAAAGCCAUUUAGAUAGAGAAGGUGCAUCCGAUUUAGUAGUUGAGUUAGUCAUUAAAUCAAUUCACUCUCCAUCAAUUUUUGUGGAAGCUGUAGAAUUAGGUAUUGCACUUCUUGAAGGAGGAAAUCCUAUCAUACAGAAGAGCAUGUUUAGUAAACUGCUUGGCGGAGAUUUGAGCCAAGCAUUCUUUAAGGUGUUUUAUGAGAAAAUGCGUGAUGCACAACAAGAAAUUAAAUCUACAGUGACUGUUAACACUUCUGAUAUUGCUGCUAAAGCUCACGAGGAUAAACAGGACAACAAAGACCAUGACAAAAUAUCGCGAAAACAUUCUGAAAAACCAAACGGAUUAUUGCUUACUGACGAGCUUCGUGAUGAAAUUAACCAAGCAGCAGCAGCAUCAGCUCAAGCAUACGCCGGGGCCAAGAAUAUUCCACCAGGCACUGAACAUGGCGAGGAUUCUUGUCCAGUCUCAUUAGGAUUAAAUCAGCUUUGGAAGAUAUGUUGGCAGAAAAAUUAG